AACACUGCAGCUCAUAGCUGCUGCUGUGUUGCAGCAACCGGUUAAAAUAGUAUAUUAAAAACAACUCGUUUUUAGUUUUGCUGUUUGCCAUGAUCUUGACUGAAGACAGGUUGAGCACGAUGAAAGGGACUCAAACUUUAUAUCUUCUUUUUAUCUCAGGAUUGUGCUUGUCUGCACUGGGAUCUUCGGAUUUUCACAUUAUUAAUAUUGUUAAGAAGAACUAUGCAGAAGCAAAGAACUACUGCAGACAAAUGUACACUGAUUUAGCUUCAGUUCACAACUCAAUAGAAAUGAAUCAUUUGAUAACCUUAGUUCCAAGUAUUAACAGAGCUUGGAUAGGACUGGAGACUGGAAAAGUGUGGAUGUGGCAUUGGUCCCUGCCAGAUGAAAAUCUGGAUUUUUUUAGAUGGAAGGAUGGACAACCACAAAUAAAAAACGAAGACGCGUGUGCAUUCAUGGAUAAAGAUGGCGAAUGGAUUGCGAGUGACUGUGGAACUAAAAGAAGUUUUGUUUGUCAUGGAAACGAGGUUGCCAGUGGUCUAAUUGUAACUAAGACCAAAUCAUGGAGGGACGCUCAGAAUCAUUGCAGGGACUUGUCGUAUGAUCUCAUUAGCAUACACUCAGCAGAAGAGAAUGAGGCAGUGCAUGAUUUGUCUAAGUCAGAAAACGUGUGGAUUGGCCUCUUUAAAGAUUCCUGGAAGUGGUCUGAUGGGAGCAUGUCAUCUUUCCGUUAUUGGCUACCUGCUCAGCCUAACUACCUUAAAGGUCAGAAUUGUACUGCUGUUAUUUUCAAAAAUCAAGGCAAGUGGAAUGACCUGAAAUGUGCCGGAAAGCGCCAUUUCGUUUGCCAAGGGGCAAGAAAAUCAAUUCCAACAACCACACAUCAAAGUACAGAGGGGACGACAGAAGAUCUGACAACUUUGUACUCAUCAACAUCUCAAGAGGUCCUAAUUACUUUUCAUUUUAAUGUGGUUUCUAAUACUUCGCACACCUCUAAAGUUACCACGGAAGAAGCAACAACUGCUAAUCGUCCGACAACACCAAAUACCACGGAUCGUGUGUCAAGCACGUCAAGCACCGAGCUCAACAAUGCAGCAACAGAAAUGUCAACUGUGACAGCAACACAGCAAAUUCCCACUACUACCACACUCAUAACUAGAGGUGGUAUCUCUACUAUUACAACACUGAAGCCGACUUCAGCCGAUACCACUUCACCGUCCUUAACUCUAAAGCCCACUAAAACCACCACUACUACCGCACUCAUAACUAGCGGUGGUAUCUCUACUUUACCUACACUGAAGGCAACUUCAGCCGAUACCACUUCACCGUCCUUAACUCUAAAGCCCACGGCAACCAGUCAUAGUUUGCUUACAGGAAACCUGAUACUAGUCCGGAAAAAUAUGACAUGGAUUGAAGCUAUGGGAUACUGCAGGGACCACCAUAUUGAUCUCAUCCACAUUACCACCAAAGACAUUCAGGGGAAGGUGGCUGAUAUGGCAAAGAAAGCCACAUCACCCCAUGUUUGGCUAGGUUUACGAUUCACUUGUAAAUUUAACUUUUGGUUCUGGACAAAUUCAACUACGAGUUGUUACCAGAACUGGGCCCCUGGACAAGGACCUACAGGGAGACAUGACUGUGGUGUUACAGGUGCCAUUGAUACCACUGGGAGGCAGCAGUGGGUAGGCCUGCCUGAGACAGAACAGCUGAAUUUCAUCUGCUCCACAUGCACUGAAUGAGAGUGGAGUAACUUCAGGAGACAUUGUUGUUGUUGCAGUUUUUCUGUAUGCUGUAUGGAGAAAAAUGAAACUGUUCUGGCUAUACAAUCUUUGUGAUUCGAAAGUAUAUGAUUCAACAUUAAAUACAAGUUUCUUUUAA